AUGUCAGCAGAUUCACAAGAUAAUUCAUCCAAUGAAGGAUCUUCUGCUGAUGGUACCAAGCUUUUAAAGUCGAUGACUUCUCUACUUACCUCUCUUCAGACAAAUGUGAUAUCUAUGGGAUCAAAUAUGGUAAAGAUUUUGAAGACUCGGAAAGAGGACAGAAAAGAAUUUACUGAAUGUGUCAAAAUCCUUACAGAGUUGGAUAAUACACUGAAGAAGAAUACACAAAUCAAUCUUGAUAAUCAUCGUGAGAUCAUGAAAUCAAUGGAAUUAUUCAAGAAUCAGAUGAUUGAAAUUCAAGGUAGCCUGAGAAGAUCUGAUGGUGAAAGGUUGGAGUAUGUCGACUCCAUUGCAAGGAAAUUUCAAGAGAAAGAAAAUGCAAAAGCUGCUUUUGAAAGAGAACAGACUCGUAUCACUCAAGGUGAGCCCAAUAGAAGAGGUGACGGUGUAUCAAUCGGCACUAGAUCUAAGCGAGCACCAACCAACGAUAAAAAUCCAAGGCCAACCAAAAGAGGGGGAGGUAGAAGCGGUAGUGAUCGCGGAGGCCGAAGUAGUAGUGGUGGUCGUGGUGGGCAAUCUGGUAGUGAUCGCAGAGGUCGUACCAGUGGCGGUGAUCGUGGUGGGAGAUCAAGUGGAAGCGGUCGGGGUGUACAUGCUCUUCCUCCUUUUCUCAAUUUGUUAAUUGGUCAAGAGAUGACGGAUUAA